CACACACACAUACGCACGCAGGUGCAGCAGCGCAGCCGGCCCCGCCCCUUUCACGCCGCAGGAGAAUGCGCGCGGCGCUGCCCGGCGCACCGCCGUCUCGUGUCGUCUCGCUCCGCGCUCGGGCGACGUCCUCGCGCCGUGACCGCGCUCCUCCGUUCCCAGAAUGCCUUUCCCGCCGAUUCACCUCCACCAGCGGCUCUCCUCCCCCGGCAGGGAGCUCUUCGGGAAGAAGAAAGCCGGCGCGGCGCCCCCGCCGCCCGGCACAUCCGGCGAGGAGAAGGAGCGCGACAGGGAGAAGUUCCCCGCGUCCUGGACCUCGGCGAAUCUGAGGAACCUGGGCCGGAAGCCCAAACCGCCGAAAGCCAAGAGCCCCGUCCGCCGGCUGUCGGCCGGCCAGGACGCUCCGCGGCAGGACGAGGCGCGCCGGCCGGCGGCGCCCAAGGCGCGCUCCAACUCCGCGGAGUCCGCCUCCCGCCGGGGCAGCAAGCAGUCGUCCCGCAGCUCCCUGGGCAGAGACGAGGCGGAGAAGGAGGCGCGGUUCACCCUGAGUCUCACGCCCGAGGCCAUCCUCGUCAUCCAGAAGCGCAACCUGGAGAAGCAGAUGCUGGCCCGGCAGCAGAAGUGCUGCGCGUCGGCGGACUUCCGGCACAGGCGCGUGUUUCCGUCCAGGAAGGCGCACGCCGGCGCCAGGGGCGGCGCGCCGGCCGCCAGGCCGGAGGAGGCCGGCCAGCAGGACAUCACCGCCAUCGUGAAGAUCUCCUUGCUGAACGACCAGUACAAGUACGACGACGUGGAGUACGAGGAGGAGGACGCCGACGUGGACGAGACGGUUGUGCGCAAGUGCAAGGAGUGGCUGCGGGGCGUCGAGAGCGCGGCCGCCUUCGGCAGAGUGGACAGACUCGCUGCCCUGUCGCACCUCAAAGGCUGCUGAUGACGCCGGACUCCGGGUCGGACCUCCUUUCCUGUGCCGUGUGCCCGGAGCCAAAGCGGCGACAGCCCCGGGAGGGCACUUAACGCCUCUGCUUCCUCCUCCUCCUCCUCCACACAUGUUGUUUUGCGAGUGUAUAGCCUAUGUAAUGUCUACAUUAUAUAUGUAUAUAUGUAUGUAUAGAUUUUGUCCCUUUUGCACAUGAUGUCGCCUCGGACCCGGGCGCCCGUGUGAAGGAAUGUGUCGUUAACCCCGCCCGCUCCCUUUUGUGUCCGUAAACGGGGUGGUUGUCACGGCAACGGGGUUUACGCGCCGUCCCCUUGGAGACCGAAUCCGACUUGUUGCCCGCUCCUAUCAGGGGCGCUUGUUUUGUUUUUUUACAUCUUUUGUAUAGAGGGGGGGGGGUUAACUGUUUAAUAUGUACAGUAGGCUCUUUAAUAUUUGUACCGUCUAAUGUUUGGAAGUAAAACGUUUCCCGUCUACACCGGCGUGAACGACCCUUCAAACCCCCCCCCUCCCUCCUCCUUUAAAGAGGGGUUCUGCUUGGCAGGAGCGCAGACCACCGCUCAUCUGGUCCCGUCACCGGGGGGAGCCUGCAGGGACCCUCCGCUGCCGCCAGGGUCGCUGCAGCUGCCGGGGCAUUAGCCGCUAUAAGCGCUUGACUCUAGGUCCCUAUCUCUUGUCUUGUGUCGUGUCUCUAUGUGCCUUUUUACGGUGUGUGUGUGUGUGUGUGGCAGGAGUCCACGUGUUUUGGUUUUUAUACAUGCACCGGAAAUUAAAACUCCU